UAGGCAGGGAACACGCGGAAAACAAAGGAGAGAGAAUGUUCAAGAAGAUCACGCACGCCGUAUCGUAUCAGCAGUCUUCUUUCUCAAGGUCUCCCAUGGCUUCAGCCGACACAAUCCUGCCCACCCUCAGUUGCUCUGCUCUUAGAGACCCCCACCACAGCUCCAGUCCUUAAGAGAAACCUUCUGAUCAAGUAUCGUCUGCCAACCCCUGGGACCCUACAUCUCUAUGAUUAGUGAACUGGAUGUUUACAGUGGCUCCAUGGCUUGAUGCAAAGGGCUUCCAGAAAAGAGCAUCUUCCAUAUCUACACACAGAGCUGGAAACGACCAGAUACAUCCUCUCAGCAGUGAAGGAAUUUCAACUGAACAUCACAAUGAAGAAUGUGGUGGUGGUGGUAGUGAUGCUGGGGCUAUCUUUGAUGGGGCUCAGAAGUUCAGCCAACAGCACACUAGCAAGACCUCAUCCCUGCUUGUUCGAUGGAGAAUCAUUCUCGUGUUUGAACAAGGAGGUUCAAGAGAUGCCUACCGACAUCCCCAAAAACACAACCUACAUGGAAUUCAAGCUAACCCGCCUCAUUGCAAUUCCAAAGAGAGCCUUCUUUGGUUUACAACACCUACAAAGGAUAGUGGUCUCAGAGAACGGAUAUCUGUUGCAGAUCAGUGAUUUCUCCUUCGCCAACCUCUCCAGCCUAACAGAGAUAAUAAUAACUAAAUCAAAAAACCUCGCCAUCAUUCACAAGAAUGCCUUCUGGAACCUGCCUAAGCUGAAAUAUUUGUCCAUAUCAAACACUGGACUGAAAAAGCUGCCUGUUUUCUCCAGGAUUAACUCAGUUGUGCUGGAGUUUUUGCUUAUCCUCCAGGACAACAUGGACCUCAAGGUCAUCCCUACCAAUGCAUUCUUGGGACUGAGCAUGGCCUCAGAGCUCAGGUUGAGUAAUAAUAAUAUCACCAACGUGGAGAGCUAUGCUUUCAAUGGCACUAAAAUACAGAGAUUGUCUCUCAUGGGAAACAAAAAUCUCAGCCACAUAGACCGAGACGCCUUCUUGGGAGCUGAGGGUCCUAAAUCUCUAGACAUCUCAGACACCUUGGUUGACCUUCUGCCACACAGCAUGCUGAGGACCCUCCGGAGUCUGGUUGCCAUCUCUGUCAAAUCCCUGAGAAUUCUACCCAGCCUAAAAUUCUUUCCAGAUCUCAUAGAAGCCAACCUCACAUAUCCCAGCCACUGCUGUGCCUUCGCCGACUUCAGGAAGAAUAGGUCUGUCCUCUUUUUUUCAUUAUCAUAGCAGAGCUUUUCUGCCCCAGAGGCUUUCACCAGCCUUGUGUUCCUUAUCUGGCCAAACCUGGGUGAUCUAGUGCGCGUGCCAAGGCUAGUUGCGUCCCCAUUGUCACUUCAGAGGCUUGAUCGUUCCUUCCCCCGGCUACCUUGGGACUUGCAGCCAGGGGAUUUUGGCCCAACGAUUACCCUUGGGCCAAGCAGGGCUAACUGGUGCUUGAGGCGUGUCAAGGUGAAAGGCGGGUUGAGCGGAGUCAGGUAAAAGAGGUUCAGCGCCAGAAGAACUUAACUUGUAACAGUAUCAAAUUAACCUACAUGCUACCAAAAAACAUUAACAGAUAAUUAUCGUUGGAGCUGGUCAGCACACAAAAAUCAGGUCUCUGCUUAAUAUUUAGGCUAAUAAAAUUGCAAUUGUAGCUUGAUGAAGUACGGGAGACUGCUGAACAACCAACACGAUUGUAUUACUUUUGAAAGAUUUGGUUCUGACUUGGUUAAUGGGCAUAAAAGCUACGAAAUUUCGAGGUUGCACGACUGCCGGGGGGGUUACCAUCAAUUACAACCCAGGUGUGUUACAACUUAAAAAGAAGUGAACUUGCCCUGGCUGUGUUACAUGACACAGGCAGGCUGGAGACAUGGUGCUGCAAUGCUGCUCCAGCCACGUUAUGAAUAACCUUGCGUUAACAUUUUAAAUUGACUCUUGAUCA